GAAGGACGUGACGGUGGUGGUCAGCCAUAUGGAGUUGCUUUUUUUUUUUAAACCACGCACUCAGCAUCCACUUGCGCUGCAGACAUUUUAAACGGAGGCCACAAUUCGGAGGGGGAGGCUCGAGUCGAGCGUAACACCAAAAGGGUUUCUCAUUCGAGGUUUCUUUCUCGAUCUGAACAAUGGCUUACCUGUCCUGCCUGUGGGACGUGUCUCCCAUCACCCUGGUCCUGAUGGUGGCUGCGUUCACUUUGUCUGCGAUUUACCUGCUAUGGCCGUACAGAAUCUUCAAAAUGAUGGGCGUUCCUGGGCCAACACCUCUGCCGUUAUUCGGAACCUUCCUCCACUACGGCAAGGGCUUCCGAGCAUUUGAUGAAGAAAGUUUUCAAAGAUACGGGAGAGUCUGGGGGAUUUACGAUGGCCGGUUGCCCGUGCUCAUGGUGGCUGACACAAGCAUGCUCAAACAAAUCCUCGUGAAGGAUUGCCUGGAGUUCUUCACCAACCACCGGAAAAUCGGGCUGAAUGAACUCUUCGGUGAAGGUUUGUCCACAGUUGACGAUGAGCAGUGGAAGCGCAUCCGUAGCAUACUCUCGCCAACCUUCAGUAGUGGCAAAAUCAAACAGAUGUGCCCACUGAUUUUACGCUGCGCUGAUGUGCUGGUGAAGAACCUCCAUGAAAAAUGCCAGUCUGGGAAGUCAGUGGAUCUAAAAGAGACAUUUGGGGCGUACAGCAUGGACGUGAUUGCAAGCUCGGCGUUCAGUACGGAUGUGGAUUCUCAGAACAACCCCAACGAUCCAUUCGUCGUUAACGGGAGAAACAUUUUCAAGAUCAGCUUGUUAAACCCUUUACCUAUUAUAAUUACACUCUUCCCAGUUUUUGUCCCACUUUUUGAAUAUAUGGGAUUAUCUUUGUUUCCAAAAAAAGUCUGCAUUUUUUUCAAGAACAUCGUUCAGCAGAUGAAAAAACAACGUCAAAGGGGACAUCAUGACAUGGGACGAGUCGACUUUCUCCAAUUGAUGGUAGAUGCUCAACUUUCUGAAACCGUGCAAAAUGGAGAUAAUCCUCAUUCAGAAAAGUAUCUGACUGACAGUGAACUGGAGGCACAGGCGAUCUUGUUCCUACUGGCUGGUUUUGAGACCACAAGCACAGCCAUCAGCUUUAUGGCCUAUUCUCUUGCUUGCAACCCUGAUGUCCAGACUAAAGUUCAGCAAGAGAUUGAUGAAUUUCUUCCGGAUGACAAAAUUCCAAGUUACGAGAUUCUGAAUAAAAUGGAGUAUCUGGACAUGGUCGUGAGCGAGACUCUGCGGAUGUACCCACCGGCCGCGCGUUUAGACCGCGUGUGUAAAAGGACGACUACGGUGGACAACCUGGUCAUCCCCAAGGACGUGGUGAUCACUGUCUCCACGUGGGUGCUCCACUAUGACCCACAGCACUGGGAGGAGCCCAACGAGUUCAGGCCAGAACGGUUCACCAAGGAGGCCAAGGAGGCGCGUGACCCCUACUGCUACCUGCCCUUCGGUCAAGGCCCCAGGAACUGCAUCGGCAUGCGCUUUGCCCUGAUGUCCCUGAAGAUGGCUGUCUGUCGCAUCCUGCAGCGCUACUCCUUCCAGACGUGCAGCGAGACCACGAUUCCGCCAAAGCUCGUCAAGGGUAGCCUAUUACAAACGGAAAUGCCACUUUUGCUGAAAGUUUCAGAGAGAAAGAAGGCUGAUUAGAAACCAAUCAAGGUCACAAAGCUCCACAGGAACAAAACAAGAUUGAGAGAGGAUUUGAGACGCAUUAACACUGUAGGACCAAUUAGGAUCACGACUUUUUAAAAGAUGUUACUUUUAAUUACUUGUGGAUCUUAAAAUAAUUACUUGACAAAUGGUGUUUCAUUUUUUAAAUUAUUUUUAUAUACUGUAAUGUUUCCAGUCGAAAUACAGUACUGUACUUGUUGGCUUUAUACAAAUAGUACACGUGAUUUAACAAAGAUGUGAAUUUUUAAAAAAAUUAUUACACUAAUGCUGGUGAGUAUUGUGUAGUACUCAUAUUCACUGGGGGUUUUGAGCAAGUGGGUGAAGUUCCACAUUGUUAUGGUGAAGAUCGGUGCCUCUUUAAUACAACAAUUCCAGAUGCCUGUGUAAAAAGAGGGCUACAGUUUUGCCCAAUCCUGGCCAGCUGGCUCAAAAUCUUAAAAAUAAACGAAACUGUUGAUGUUCAGCUCAACAGGCAGUGCUUAAUUUUACAGAUCUCACGGGGUUUACGGACUGGGUUUAUCAUAAUGGGAAUUUAAACGUAUGGCCUUAUGAUUCAGAGUUCACUAAACUGUCCAGGAAGCAGUCCAGCUACAAUAUAAUUUGAUAUAUUUUGCAUAAGUAAAGAUUUACGGCAAUUAAUUUUCCCUCGAUUUAUAAAAAUGCGUGUUGUAGUUCAAUAAAUGAGCAAAAACAAUAACGUGAAA